GAAUAAUGGUUAUGCUGAUAAUUGAGGAGUCGUCGUCACUCGUCACAUGAGAGGAACAACAAGAAAAGUCAAAACGUUGAAGCUUUCUCGAAUAACGCCUUCUUUAGUUUACAGUCUCUCGUUGCGGGUCUUAUCUUCUUCUUCUUCUUCCCUCUUUCGUCUGCUCUAUAUUAUGACCAGAUUCAAAAUUGCGUAGCGUACUAAUUCAAUAUAGAGAGAAGUUAGAUCAAAAGAAGAACACGAAACUCUGACUGUGUCUCUCUUUCUCUUCGUGUGUUUCUAUAUUUAUAUAUAAAAAGACAAGAUCUCUGGUCUGGAAUUAGAAGAAUCUUAUUUGGGGUUUUUUCUUAGGAUUAAGCUCUAAUGGCAGAUCAAGUAAAAGAGCGGACUUUAGAGGAGACCUCUACGUGGGCAGUUGCUGUUGUUUGCUUUGUCUUACUCUUUAUUUCGAUUGUCCUCGAACAUUCUAUUCACAAAAUUGGAACCUGGUUUAAAAAGAAGCACAAGCAGGCUCUUUUUGAAGCUCUUGAAAAGGUCAAAGCAGAGCUUAUGCUGUUGGGAUUCAUAUCACUACUACUCACAAUUGGACAAACACCAAUCUCAAAUAUCUGCAUCUCCCAGAAAGUUGCGUCAACAAUGCACCCUUGCAGUGCUGCUGAAGAAGCUAAAAAAUACGGCAAGAAAGACGCCGGAAAGAAAGAUGAUGGAGAUGGAGAUAAACCCGGUCGAAGACUUCUUCUUGAGUUAGCUGAAUCUUAUAUCCAUAGAAGAAGUUUAGCCACCAAAGGCUAUGACAAAUGUGCAGAGAAGGGGAAAGUGGCUUUUGUAUCUGCUUAUGGAAUCCACCAGCUGCAUAUAUUCAUCUUCGUGCUCGCGGUUGUUCAUGUUGUUUACUGCAUUGUUACUUAUGCUUUCGGAAAGAUCAAGAUGAGGACGUGGAAGUCGUGGGAGGAAGAGACAAAGACAAUAGAGUAUCAGUAUUCCAACGAUCCUGAGAGGUUCAGGUUUGCGAGGGACACAUCUUUUGGGAGAAGACAUCUCAAUUUCUGGAGCAAGACGAGAGUCACACUAUGGAUUGUUUGUUUUUUUAGACAGUUCUUUGGAUCUGUCACCAAAGUUGAUUACUUAGCACUAAGACAUGGUUUCAUCAUGGCGCAUUUUGCUCCCGGUAACGAAUCAAGAUUCGAUUUCCGCAAGUAUAUUCAGAGAUCAUUAGAGAAAGACUUCAAAACCGUUGUUGAAAUCAGUCCGGUUAUCUGGUUUGUCGCUGUGCUAUUCCUCUUGACCAAUUCAUAUGGAUUACGUUCUUACCUCUGGUUACCAUUCAUUCCACUAGUCGUAAUUCUAAUAGUUGGAACAAAGCUUGAAGUCAUAAUAACAAAAUUGGGUCUAAGAAUCCAAGAGAAAGGUGAUGUGGUGAGAGGCGCCCCAGUGGUUCAGCCUGGUGAUGACCUCUUCUGGUUUGGCAAGCCACGCUUCAUUCUUUUCCUUAUUCACUUGGUCCUUUUUACGAAUGCAUUUCAACUUGCAUUCUUUGCCUGGAGUACGUAUGAAUUCAAUCUCAAUAAUUGUUUCCAUGAAAGCACUGCAGAUGUGGUCAUUAGACUUGUAGUUGGAGCUGUUGUGCAGAUACUUUGCAGCUAUGUGACUCUUCCACUCUAUGCACUUGUUACUCAGAUGGGUAGUAAAAUGAAGCCAACAGUAUUCAACGAUAGAGUAGCCACGGCAUUAAAGAAGUGGCAUCACACUGCAAAGAACGAGACGAAACACGGAAGACACUCGGGAUCCAACACACCUUUCUCUAGCCGUCCAACCACACCAACACAUGGCUCAUCUCCAAUCCAUCUCCUUCACAAUUUCAAUAACCGGAGCGUUGAAAAUUACCCAAGUUCUCCUUCUCCUAGAUACUCUGGUCAUGGUCAUCAUGAACACCAAUUUUGGGAUCCUGAGUCUCAACACCAAGAAGCUGAAACUUCCACACAUCAUUCUCUUGCGCAUGAAAGCUCAGAACCUGUUCUUGCAUCUGUGGAACUUCCUCCUAUAAGGACUAGCAAAAGCUUAAGAGAUUUUUCUUUUAAGAAAUGAUGAUUCUUGUUUGCUAUAUUUGAUUUCGUACAGUGGGAAAUUUGUCAUAUGAAAAUAAUUUCUUGUACAUUACUAGUUGGAUAAGAAAUAACCAUAUCUAUAUGGAUACAUGAUAUGUUAUUCUCUGGCAAUGCUUAAGAGUUUCACGAAUUACACAUACAUUUGUAUUUCUGCAGGUUUUAACGUCCUGAGACAUCAGUGAUGGUGACAUUGUUGAUAGAGGCUUUAAGAGCAAUGCUCUCAGAGAACUCAGCUUCUAAACCAACGUUUCUAGGCAUAAAAGCAGGCUGUUUCGGUUCUGGAAUGUCUGCAACCUCACUGCUAAGCAUCAUACACACUGUAGAAACACUUGGCCUAUCAUUAGCAGCGUCUUGCACACACAAAAGCGCAAUGUGAACG